AUGGAAGACUCCACUGAAAUUGUUUUAAAUACUGGCGACAAUAAUAAUAAUAAUAAUAAUAAUAAUAAUAAUAAUAAUAAUAAUAAUAAUAAUAAUAAUAAUAAUAAUAAUAAUAAAAAUAAACCAAAAAAAGCCAAAAAGCCAAAAGUUAAAAUGACAGAUAAUAAUAAUAAUAAUAAUAAUAAUCAAACAACAACAACAACCACAACAACAACACCUCACACUGAUAAUCCAACUGUUCCUAAAAAGAAAAAGUCAACUGAUUUAUCUACAAAAACUAAAAAAAUAUUAUAUAAAGAUGUAGAAUAUGAGGUUACACCAGUUGUACAGUGGGUACCAAAAAAGACAGCAACAACAACAGAUGCUACUAUAAAUACAUCAGCUGCAACUACCACCACCACUACCACCACCUCAACAACAGCAACCGCCACUACCGCCACUGAUUCUUCAUCAGAUACACCAACACAACAAUCACUAAAACCAGCACCAAAACCAAAGAAAGAUAGAGUUAAAAAAGAAAAGAAACCAAAAGUACCAGAUGCAUCGCCAUCAUCAUCAUUAUUAUCAGAAUUUUCAAAUUUAAGUUUAAAUAAUAAAAAUACGGAUGAUAAAGAUGUCACACCAACAUCAUCAGACCCAAAUUUAGAACCAACUACCACUGCUACCACAUCAGAUGUGAAAUCAGCAAGAACCAAAAAAAAGAAAUCAAAACCUUCAAAACCAACCCCUCCAACUGAUAAUGUAAAUAGCACAAACGACAAUUCUACCACAAACACAGCCACUACUGCUAACUCCACAGAAGCAAAAAAACCAAAAAAUAACAGAAAAUCCAAAUCAUCCACCACUGUUACAACACCAAUCACAGAUACUCCUCAAACUGAAUCACAAAAUAGUUCAACACCAACUGCAACCACCACAACAACCACAACAACUACAACCACAACCACACCAACUGCAACAUCCACAUCUGCACCAACAAAUAAGAAAUCAAAAUCAAAAUCAAAAUCAAAACCUGCCACCACACCAUCAACCAACUCUAAUGAAACCAAUAAAGAAAACCAAGUUGAUAAAAAAAUCAAAGUUGAUAAAAAGGUAAAAUCUGAUAAAAAAGAUAAAGUUGAUAAAAAUGAAAAAGUUGAUAAAAAUGAAAAAGGUGAUAAAAAGAAAAGAGGUGAUAAAAAAGAAAAGGCUAAUAAUAAUAAUAAUAACGCUGAAAAGAAAGAUAAGAGAAAAUCAUCAAAAUCAGAUAAAGAAGAUGGUGGUAAUAAAAAUAAUAAUGAAGGUAAAAGGAAGAAAAGAACAAGAUUAUUCUAUAAACAAUAUGUUGAAAAAGAAGAUUUAGAAAAAGGUUUAGCCGAAGGUAAAUAUUUCUUUGGUACACUUAGAGUGAAUCCAAAGAAAUAUCAUGAUGCCUAUAUCACCGUUGAAGGAUGUAGUCAUGAUGUAUUUUGUGAUGGCUUAAAAUAUAGAAAUAGAUCAUUCAAUAAUGAUGUUGUUGCAUUUGAAAUACUUGAUGAAAAGGAGUGGAAAAAGAGACCAAAAAAAGAUGAAGAUGAAGAUGAAACUACUGAAGCAACCAAUAAUAAUAAUAAUAACAACAACGAUACCACAUCCAUUGGUGGUGAAGAGAUUGUAAAUGAAGAGGAUGAAGAUGAUGAAGUUACAAUUGGUGCAAUAUUAAAGGAUGUAUCAACAUCUGUUAAUGAAGGUGAUGAAGGUACUGUUGUUUUAUUAGAUAGUCUAGAUUUAUCAAAGAAAAUGGAAAUUGAAAAUAAAUUAUUAAAAGAACAAAUGUCUGAAAGUAAAGAAAUUGAAAUUGAUUCUGAAGAAAAUGAUUAUAAUAAUAUUAAAACAACAACUACUACUACCACUACAUCUACUACAACUAUCACUGAUGAUGAAGAGGAUGAUAGUGAUGAAGGAUUUGUAAAGAUUGAAAAUAGUCCAAAAGUAUCAUCUGUUAAACCAUCAAAAAAGAACAACAACAACAAUAAUAAUAAUGACCAUUCAAAUUUAAUUCAAAAAUUAGAAAAAAUUGAAAAAUUAACUUUAAAAGCAUUUGAAAAUAAACAAUAUGUAUCAGUUAGAGUUGUUUAUAUUGUUGAAGAAAAACAUAAUAAGAAUCAUGUUGGUAUUAUGGUUGAUGAAAAUGUAAAUUCAAUAUUUACAAACUUUAUACCAAUGGAUACAACAUUACCAAAAUGUUGUAUUUUUAAAGAAUCAAUACCACAAUAUAAAUCCAAUCCAGAGAAAUAUAAGAAAUCAUUGGUAUCAGUUGGAUAUUCAGGUUGGAAAGAAACAUCGCUAUUGCCAAUAGGUCAUUAUAAAUCAUUGUUUGGUGAAUGUGGUAAAAUUGAACCGGAAACCUAUGCAUUGUUAAGUGAAUUUGGUGUUGAAACCGAUCCAUUUUCAAAGGAAGUCAUGGAAUGUUUACCAAAGAUUGAUCAAUCAAAACUUUGGUUACCAAGUGAACAAGAUCUAAAGGGUAGAAGAGAUUUAAGAAAUUUAGAAAUCUGUACCAUUGAUCCUGAUACUGCCAAAGAUUUGGAUGAUGCAUUACAUUGUAUAGAAUUGGAAGAUGGUAAUUUCGAAGUUGGUGUUCAUAUUGCUGACGUUUCACAUUUUGUAAAACCUGAUACCGCAUUGGAUAAAUGUGCUCAACGUAAAGCCACCACCGUUUAUUUGGUUCAAAAAGCAAUACCAAUGUUGCCAUCAUUGUUAUCGGAAGAAUUGUGCUCUCUUAAUAUGGGUGUUGAACGUUUGGCAUUCUCUGUCAUUUGGAAGUUAUCACCAACCGGUGAAAUAUUGGAUGAAUGGUUUGGUCGUUCAGUUAUAAAAUCAUUCUCUCGUUUAACCUAUGCUAUCGCUCAAGCAUUGAUCGAUGACAAGAUUACCAACGCUUGGGAAGAUUGGAUACCUGCAGAUAAGAUGAGAAAGGAUUUAGGUCCAAAUACUGCUCAACAUAUUGCACGUGUAAAAAAGGGUGUACUAGGUUUAAGAUCCAUUGCAAAACAUAUGAGAUCCAAUAGAAUUGCCAAUGGUGCCUUUACAAUUCAUCCAAGUAAGUUAGCAUUUGCAUUGGAUGAUAAAGGUAAUCCAGUUUCAACUAAAAUCUAUCCAAUCUAUGAAAGUAAUAAUUUAGUAGAAGAGUAUAUGUUAUUGGCAAAUAUGAGAGUUGCCGAACGUAUUGGUAAAUUCUUCCCAUCCAAUUCUUUACUUCGUAGACAUCCAUCACCAAAUGAAAACAAGUUGGAAUCAUUCAUUAGUUUCUGUUCAAAACAUGGAUUUGAAAUUGAUUCAUCCUCUUCGUUAACCUUUGGUGAAUCCAUUAAAAAGUUAAAAGAUACUUGUACCGAUAUCAACAUACUUAUGGCAAUUCAAUUACUCUCAAUUAGAUCAAUGAAAUUGGCUGAAUAUUUCUGUUCAAAUAAUGAAGAAGAAGAAGAUUGGCGUCAUUAUGCUUUGAAUGCACCUUUCUAUACUCAUUUCACUUCACCAAUUCGUCGUUAUGCUGAUAUAAUAGUUCAUCGUCUAUUGGAUCUAUCAAUUCAAGUUGAAAAGAACAAUAGAAAUCAUACAGAACAAUUACCAUCAUCAGAAUCAAUCACUGCAAUUUGUAAAAAUUGUAAUGAAAAGAAAUUGAAUGCUCGUAAAGCUCAAGAAAGAAGUGAUAAAGUAUUCCUUUGUGUUUUAUUAGAGAAUCAUCCAACUACCACUGAAGCAGUUGCUCUCAAUACAGGUGCUUCCUAUAUCGUUUGUAUUGUACCUCAAUUUGGUAGUGAACAAAAGGUUUAUCUUGAUGAUUUACAAAAAGAAGGUACAAUCUUAUCUCACUCUUAUGAUGCAACCAAUGGUAUUAAUAUUAUUAAUUGGCCAUCAUUGGUGGAUAAUAAUAAUAAUAAUAACCCAAAUGGUGUCGUAAUUCAAAAGAUUUCUCAAUUAACAACAAUGAAAGUUCAAAUUAGAGUUAACAAAGAUAAAUUCCCAAUUGAUACUAAAUGUGUUUUAGUUCAUCCUAAUACAAUUAUUUAA